AUGUUCGUUAUCGUAUCAUAUCUUGACUUGGAAUCAGUGAUUCAUUUCUCAUUUGGAGCGCCACCUUCCGACUACUUUAAAAUAACAAAUGAACGCUCAAUAGCAGACGCUGACUUACAGAGUGGCGAAUAUGAAGUUGCUGACCUUUCUGCUAUUCCUACACCAAAAAUAGAGUUUGUCAUGCCAAACCUCACUCCGCUAGAGAGUGGCAAAAAGGAGCUACUCAGCAAAGAGGUAAAGAAGUCGAAGAAAGCAAAACCAUCCUCAUCAACUGGAGAAACUUUGAAUUCUGAGCUGCUCAAUACAGAAAUUGUUCAUUUGCGGUCUGUUGUGCAAAAAGCACAGAAAUUUCUAAUCCAGCGGCUGGUGAGGAAGAUGAAACGAAUGGAAGCUAUCUUGGCCAAAAAAGCAAACAAUGCUUUGAAGCGAAAAAUUGCAAGAUACGAAGAGGAAAUACACUUUCUCAAAAGCAUCAAAAAGGAUGAAGUGUCCAAAUUUGCACUUUUGAACAAGAAGACGUUAAACGAGUUGAAUAUCACGGACAGAACAGCAGUCAAAGAUAGAUGUUUAUUCAAGCUAGCGUGUGAGCCUCCAGUGCUCAAAGCAAUAGAGUCGUUUAGAAGCCGAUAUCCAUCAUGGGAAGUGACUACCGCGUUUCUACUGCAGAGGCUAGGCUUGCAGUACGCCUCGCUCAAAACUGGAGAUAGUUUGUUGUCGGGAGAUAGUGAAGGGGUGGACAGCGAAGAAAGCGAAAAGGAUGCUGAGGUUCCCGCAAAGGAAGUGAAAUCAGCAGAAGCGAAGCCUGAUAUAAAACUUGGAAAAAGAUUGAAAACAAAAGUACCCUCCGUCAAAAAAGAAUGCAAGAAGGUUAAUAUGAACGUGGCCAACAGUGAAGAAAUCUUUGGAGAUGGAAGUGAUGAAAGCUCGGAGCAUUCCGAGUGCGAUGACGAUGACGAGCAGAUAGGAUCGGGCAGCGAUGAUGAUGAGCAAGCUGCGAAACACCGCAGAGAACUUUUACUGGGGCCAACAGCCAGUUCAUCGAAGAGGAAGAAGCCCCAACAUGAGGAAGUAACAAAAGUAGCUGAGCGUAAACCCUCUGUCGAUGAAACACCGACUACGGCUGUUGUGAAGAAGAUAAAUUUAAGUGAAGCAGGUGGAAUAAAAUUGAACAAGCGUUUGACUCAUGUGGAACAUAGGCCAAAACAUAAAGACGUGGGCAAUAAUGUGGACAGCGAACCAGACAGUUUCUUCCUUCCACCAGCAUCAGUUUCUACCUUUACCGGUCAACUUGUCGGUCAACCUACAAACCGAAGCGAAGCCGUUGAAACAACAGAGAGAGAAACAAUUCGGUUGUCUGACGAACAUAGUAAACCCUCCAUUCCCAAAGGAAACACUGUCAAGAAGAAAAAACUAAGUUCGAAAGCUCAACUAUCUCACUCGGAAAAGGCGAAUACGCAAGAAAACAUUAGACUUUCAGAAGAUCUCCACCCGUCGUGGGCUGCUAGACGACAAGCAAAAGAUCGUCAGCUUUCUGCUCCGCAAGGAAAAAGAAUAGUUUUUGAAGAUGACUGA